AUGCAAACAUGUUCUCACAACGUUCAAGGCCCUUUGGUUCGAAUAGGUCCCAAUGAAAUAUCCUUCUACUCCCUCGAUAUUUACAAGCGAGUCCAUGCAGCAGGCAGUCAAUUUGUCAAGGACCCUCGAGUCUACAGCCAGUUCGUGCAAGAUGGACACCCGGCCCUUUUUUCAAUUACAGAUCCCAAAGAACAUGCGCAACGGCGCCGGCACAUGGGUGUUCUCUUCAAUCGAAGCAAAGUGCCCAUUCUUACGCAGAUGAUGGUAGAAGAGAUAUCGAGGUUUAAUACCCUGCUUGGCAAUCUCAGCCAAGGAUCCCUCGACUUAAUUCCCACUUGUCGAGCCCUUGAAGCGGACAUCGUUUCAAGAUUCGCGUUUGGAAAUUCUAUCGGGGCGAUCGAAUCUUUGAAGGGAGGAGAAGAACUGCAAAUCGUUAAAGAAAACGACCUGAAGUCCUCAAAAAUGUCACUGCACACCAAUUUCCCCUCUUUAAUGAGAAUGUAUGAAAUAAUUGGGGAAUUUACUUUUCGAGUUACCGGCUGGGGUGGCUCGUCGACCUCAAGCAAAGAAUUUGAAGAUUGGGCAAGCGAGCAGUUGAAACUUGCUGCGGACUCCGAAAAGGCACCCGAGGUGUCAUUUCUGAAGGUUAUGGCUGGGGAAAGGAUCUCUCCGGAGUCUGCCUUGUCAGAAAGCAAGGAGAUGCUAGGCCCUGGCACUGACACAACAUCUGCCACGCUUGCUCAUAUAUUGUGGGCACUGUCACUUAACCAGUCUUUACAAGACGAUCUUGUUUCAGACUUGAAUGCUGCGAAUUGGACCACGGACAUGACCGAGCUCGAGUCAAUACCAAGACUGACAGCUUGCGUGAAGGAGGGGAUUAGAUGGACUGGAGCAGCAUCAGCUAUGCUACCCAGAAUUGUACCGACGGGGGGAUCGCUGCUCGCUGGAAAGCAGCUUCCUGGUGGUACUAUGAUUUCCAGCUCGCCCAUCUGGUGGCUCGAGAGAGACGGCGAAGAAUCGGCUACUUUGCGCAGCAAUUAUUAUAUCCCGUUUUCCAAGGGCCCUAGUACCUGCAUUGGCAAUCACUUCGCAUAUCUGGAACUUUACCUAUCGGUUUCCCAGAUCUUGAAAAAGUAUCGUAUCCAGCAACCAGAAGAGUCGACAAUCAAUGUUGAUGUUGAGGCAACUCUUCCCCCACGACUAGAAUGGGUUGCUGCCGUUCCUACUGGGAAAUUGCAGGUUGUCGUGUCAGAAAGAAUCUCCUGA